CACAAAACACACACAUAAACAAGUAAAAGCUAUGCCAAUCCGAUCUAGCCCUUUCUUCAAUAUGGAGAGCUCAGCUGUGCUCUCUAUGUUGCGGCACACCGGCAAAUCCAUGGAUUCUAAAAAUCCGAAGAAAUCUUCUGGAAGCAUCGGUGGUGGGGUUCUCAAAAUGUUCAAACUCUUGCCAAUGCUAUCAUCUGGUUGCAAGAUGGUGAACUUGCUAAGUAGAGGGCAUCGAAAGCCCUUACUUAAAGACUUUGCAACAACGGGAACAAUAUUCGGGUUCCGCAAAGGAAGAGUGUUUCUUGCAAUACAAGAAGAUCCUCAUUGCCUGCCAACGUUCAUCAUCGAGCUCCCUAUGCUGACCUCGGCGCUACAGAAGGAGAUGGCCUCGGAGACCGUGAGGAUUGCGUUAGAAAGCGAGACAAAGACACCGAGGAAGAAAGUGUUGGAGGAGUUUGUGUGGGGGAUUUAUUGUAACGGAAGGAAAAUAGGGUAUUCGAUAAGGAGAACGAAUAUGAGUGAGGAGGAGAUGUAUGUGAUUGAUGCAUUAAGAGGUGUUUCGAUGGGAGCUGGAGUUUUACCAAGUAGAGACCAAUACGAGCAAGAGACGGAAGGAGAAAUGACUUACAUGAGAGCUCGGUUCGAUAGAGUUAUUGGGUCUAAGGACUCUGAAGCAUUGUAUAUGAUUAACCCUGAAGGUAGUGGUCAGGGUACAGAGCUUAGUAUCUUCUUUCUCAGAUCUCAUUAAUUGUUGUUACACUUUUUUUUUCUUUUUGACGUCCGUUUUUACUAUGUUUUAAAGUCAAUUAAAUGGUGAUAAAAAUAUUUCGUUAGAAAUAUAUUUCCUCUUAAAAACUAGUUGAUGGUUUUAUUAUAUAGAAGAGGUAUGCCAUUUAGUUACUUCAUCCAAAAGCUUUAAAUAUUGAAACGAGGAGCAAGGAGGCCUCAGACAUCAACGCUGCGUAGAGUAAACUUAAGUUAAUAAUUAUAUUUUUGAAUAUAAACAUUUAGUGCUCUGCUAUGUAUAUAACUUUUUUGCAUACUAAUAAUAGUUAACAAAAGUUAAAUAAAAGUAAU